UCUGACUUCAUCUGCGUCUUCGUCACUCCUCUGUAAUCAUCAUCUGUAUAUAACUAGAGAGAGAUAGAAACAGAGAGAAGAGGGAUCUGGAUCUGGUGCCGCUGGCGCUGAUCGAGUCUGAAGAUUGAGACUUCAUUCCCGAUGGCGUCCAAGAUCUUGCUGAUAGCGGUGUUCGUAUUCGAUGUCAUCGCUUUCGGCUUGGCUGUUGCCGCUGAGCAGCGAAGAAGCACUGCCACGAUCAAAACAGACAAUGAAAAGGACUAUAAUUAUUGUGUCUAUGACUCGGAUAUUGCCACCGGGUAUGGUGUUGGUGCGUUCCUGUUCCUCAUGGUAAGUCAAGUCCUUGUAAUGGUGACAAGCAAAUGCUUCUGCUGUGGGAAGGCUCUGAGACCUGUAGGUGCAAGGGCGUGGGCAAUUCUUCUCUUCAUAAUCUGCUGGUUGUUCUUCCUAAUUGCGGAGGCAUGCUUGCUUGCUGGUUCAGUUAGGAAUGCUCAUCUUACCAGGUACCGCGAAGCUUUUGGGGGAGACCCUCUCUCUUGCGACAAGUUGAGGAAGGGAGUUUUUGCAGCCGGGGCAGCCUUCAUUUUCUUGAAUUGCAUAGUCUCGGAGCUCUACUAUGUUUGCUAUUCCAAGGCCCGGGAAAGCUUCCAACCAUAUGGUGGGGGUGGGGGAGAAGCUGCUGUUGGUAUGGGAACCUACAAAUAGAAAUUAAUAAGUUCAUGAGUAGUUCUGUCGUAGUUUUUUGAGUCUCUGGAAUAUCAGUAUCAUCACCAUCUUGUUGCAUGUCCCGUUUAUGUUGGUUUGGGUUUCUUCACUUCUAAAGAGCUCAAUUUAGUUUAGUUUAAGACAACUUGUAUGUACCCGCUUGUGUAGCAGUUGUGUUUUAUGUGUAUUUCAUUCCGUUCUUGCUAUUGAAAAUUACGUUGUAUGUGAGCUGUACAUCAUCGAUGGGAGCUUAAUAAUUGCUAUCUGUUCGUUUAUAUGAAAUUGUGAUCACCAUUUAACGGA